UUGAGAGUUGUCUUAGGUUUAAUGUACACUUUGGGUAACCAACUAACAUCUGCAUGUUUUGCAUGAAGAAGCAAAACUACAGAUUUUUUGAAUGCAGGGAGAUUAACUACCAAUAUUUUUGUAUGGAGGGAGACCAACUACCAGUGUUUUUUAUGGAGGGAGACCAACUCCCAGUGUUUUGUAUGGAGGGAGACCAACUACCAGUGUUUUGUAUGGAGGGGUACCAACUACCAGUGUUUUGUAUGGAGGGAGACCAACUACCAGUGUUUUGUAUGGAGGGAGACCAACUACCAGUGUUUUUUAUGGAGGGAGACCAACUACCAAUGUUUUGUAUGGAUGGAGACCAACUACCAAUGUUUUGUAUGGAGGAAGACCAACUACCAGUGUUUUUUGUAUGGAGUGGACCAACUACCAGUGUUUUGUAUGGAGAGACCAACUACCAGUGUUUUGUAUGGAGGGGGACCAACUACCAGUGUUUUGUAUGGAGGGAGACCAACUACCAGUGUUUUGUAUGGAGGGAGACCAACUACCAGUGUUUUGUAUGGAGGGAGACCAACUACCAGUGUUUUGUAUGGAGGGAGACCAACUACCAGUGUUUUGUAUGGAGGGAGACCAACUACCAGUGUUUUGUAUGGAGAGAGACCAACUACCAGUGUUUUGUAUGGAGGGGGACCAACUACCAGAGUUUUGUAUGGAGGGAGACCAACUACGUAGUGUUUUGUAUGGAGGGAGGCCAACUACCAGUGUUUUGUAUGGAGGGAGACCAACUACCAGUGUUUUGUAUGGAGGGAGACCAACUACCCGUGUUUUGUUUUGAGGGAGACCAAACUACCAGUGUUUUGUAUGGAGGGAGACCAACUACCAGUGUUUUGUAUGGAGGGAGACCAACUACCAGUGUUUUGUAUGGAGGGGGACCAACUUCCAGUGCUUUGUAUGGAUGGCAACUAAAUACAGUUACUGUACUUUUUUCCUCAGAGGAGUCAAAUUACCAGUUUUAGCUCUCAUCUCAGCUUGUGCCAUAGGCAUUAGAUUUUACUUCACUUUAGUUUUUAUACGCCCGACGAAAGAUGGGACGUAUUAUGUUAUCAUGCGGGCGGGCGGGCACAUAUGGUGUCCGGACCAUAUUUCCAAUACUACUCGACCCAGGCUCUCCAUACUUGACACAAUUAUAAAUCUUGAUGAGCCGGAGUGUCGCAUACCAAAAUCAUGCCCCUUACCCCCUUAUUUGCGGAGUUAUUCCC